AGGAGCGCAGAGGCUCCGGGUUGGGGGCCGGUGAGAGGGCGGCCUUUCCUCCGAGCGGCGAGUGGAGGUCUGCGUUUCGGAAUCGGUGGUGGCGAGUUCCCGUGCGCCCCGCGACGGGCCUGCUGGGAGGAUGCGGAGCCGCAGCGCAGCGUGGCUGCUGGGGGGCACCAUCCUGCUGGCGGCCUCGGCCUCCUGCAACUACACCAGCCCAGGAGUCAAUAAAUCCUCUAAAGGAAGAAGCAUCAUUGGUAGAAUUGUUGACUCAUCUCCAAUCCCUGGGAAAGGCGUUCCCGUGGCGCCAGGCCUUUCUGUGGAUGAGAUUUCUGCCUCCCUCCUGACUGGAAAGCUGACUACUGUCUUUCUUCCGAUUGUCUACACGGUUGUGUUUGUGGUUGGUUUGCCGAGCAAUGGCAUGGCCCUGUGGAUCUUCCUUUUCCGAACGAAGAAGAAGCACCCUGCCGUGGUUUACAUGGCCAACCUGGCCUUGGCAGACCUCCUCUCUAUCAUCUGGUUCCCUGUGAAGAUUGCCUAUCAUAUACAUGGCAACAACUGGACUUAUGGGGAACCUCUUUGCAAGGUACUCAUCGGUUUUUUCUAUGGCAACAUGUACUGCUCCAUCCUCUUCAUAACCUGCCUCAGCGUGCAGAGGUAUUGGGUGAUCGUGAACCCCAUGGCGCACACCAGGAAGAACGCAAACAUCGCCAUCGGCAUCUCCCUGGGAAUAUGGCUGCUGAUUCUGCUGGUUACCGUCCCCUUGUAUCUCGUGAAGCAGACGAGUUACAUCCCAGCCCUCAACAUCACAACCUGCCAUGAUGUCUUACCUGAGGAGGUGUUGGUGGGGGACAUGUUCAACUAUUUCCUCUCUCUGGCCAUCGGAGUCUUCCUGUUCCCAGCCAUCCUCAUGGCUUCUGCCUAUGUGCUGAUGAUCAGAACCCUUCAAUCCUCUGCCAUCGAUGAGAACUCAGGAAAGAGGAGGAAGAGAGCCAUCAAACUGAUUGUUACUGUGCUGGUCAUGUACCUGAUCUGCUUCACUCCCAGUAACAUCCUGCUGGUAGUGCACUAUUUCACCAUUAAACACUGGGGCCAGAGCUCCGUCUACACCCUGUACAUCGUCGCCCUCUGUCUCUCCACCCUCAACAGCUGCAUCGACCCCUUUGUCUAUUACUUUGUUUCAGAAGACUUUAGGAAUCAUGCAAAGAACGCUCUUCUUUGUCGAAGUGUCCGUAAGGUAAAGCGGAUGCAAAUAUCCCUCACCUCAAAGAAAUCCUCCAGGAAAUCCAGCUCUUACUCUUCAAGUUCAACCACCAUUAAAACCUCCUAUUGAGUAUUCCAGCUCCGAGGAUGGAAGUUUUACGGGAGGCUUGGGAGCUUGCUUAACGUUAUGGGGAUGUUUCUGUUGUUUCCUAACCAAGAGGGUCUUCCCACGUACCACGUUGAUGCAGUACCCUUCAGGAUUGCUGGAAGCUUCCCUGUUGGCAUGAAGAAAAUCCACUACGUUAACAUAAAUGCCAGUUUCAGAAUUUCUCUACUCAGAUGCUCCCAGAAUGGAACUUCUAGACUUUUUAGAAGGUGGCCCCCCAAAAAACCCACACACACAACAAACAGAAACCCAGGGACUUGCAAAAACUGAUUUUGGCAUGAAGACUAAGUUCUUAGUGGAAACUACAUUUCUUAUACAUCUGGGGUCAAGCACAGUCUUGUUAGGGCUCAAGAACCCUCAGGGAUGAUCUGUCCAGUUGAUUGAGUUGAUGGAGGAAGAAACUUUUACAGAGGUGAGGGAGCUGCCCAGAGUCAGGCUUCUAACCAGAGGCGGCAAGCUAGGAUUGGGCGGCAGCAUCUGAAUGGUCAGUGGGGUUCUUGUUUAAAAAGGCAGGCUCUUCAGACUCAGGAAUGAGAGCUCGGAAUCUGGGAACAGGCCCAGGAACCCGAAUGCUGACAAGCUUCUGCGCAAAGCUCAGGCACACCAGGUCUGAGACCCACGGGUCUGGCUGCUGCUGCUGCUGUUGGACAAAGGGGCCUGGUAGUUUUUAAAAAGAGAAGCAGACAGAAUGCUUUGUGUCCCUUUUAUGUUCAGCUUAUAAGGAAAUUGGUUUGUUGACUUACUGGGCCUUUCAAUUUCUGUAUUAAUCUUGAGCUUUUCUAUGUAUCAUUAUCAUUUCCAGGAAAAUGCAACAGGAUUUUAAACUUGAAAAUACAAAUGUUGUAUAACUUUUUACUGACUUCAGCGAAAUCUUCAGGUAGCCUGAGUUUCACAACGAGGAUCAGAAUUUAUCACUUAGUAUUUUAAGAAAUUAUUGUUGGACUAUUUAUUGUCAGUUUUGUUCCCUUGGUAUCAAAUAUGAAAUUAUAAAGCCUUCACCGGGUUUGAACCGCAUCUGUUUGGAAAAAAAACCUAAAAGAGAUGUGAUUUGCAGUAAUAUAUCUAAGGGGUGCUUGACUCCAUACUGACUUUAUACAACUUGUAUUUGUGACUUUUUGAAAUAAUUAUUUUAUUGUAUGAUUUAUAAAUCACAUGACUAUUUUUUGAAAAUAUUUUUAUUGAUUUCAGAGAGAAAGGGAGAGGGAGAGAUAUAGAAACAUCAAUGAUGAGAAUCAUUGAUCGGCUGCCUCCUGAUCGCCCCCUACUGGGGAUUGAGCCCACAACUUGGGCACGUGCCCUUGACUGGAAUCAAACCUGGGACCCUUCAGUCCGCAGUCCUAUGCUCUAUCCACUGAGCCAAAUCAGCUAGGGCUCACAUGACUAUUUUUUACAACUUCUUUUUGAAGUGUGUGUGUGUGUGUGUGUGUGUGUGUGUGUGUGUGUGUGUGUGUGUGUGUGUGUUUGAGGGAAGGAAUGUAAAAGGGCAAGCAACAUCAUUCUUCUAAGAAGAAAUUAUGCAAGGCUCACACCUUAUUUUUAUAUAAAAAGGGCCAUGCUGUAUAUAUUGCUCUAUGGUAGUUAUUUUUCAUUUACUUACAGUUCAGAAUUCUUUCCAUAGGUUGACCUUCAUUUUUAAAGCAUACAGACUAAUGUUUUGACUAUAUUGUGAUAUAUUUAGUCAUUUCCCUACCUUGGCUCCUCUCCUCCCCCCCCCACCCCCACCCCCAUUAAAAUGGUGCUGCAUUGAACAUCUGUGUGCAGAUGUUUUUGAUGUGUUCCUAGAAGUAGAAUGACCAGGUAAAAAGUUAGACACCUAUUUAAAUUUUAAAUUUUGGUUACUCUUGCCAGAUUGCCUUUAGUAAUUUAUACUUCUACCAAAAAGUGCAUUUGUGCCUGUUUCCUGAAAUGCUCAUUCACACUUGAUUCAUGAAUCUUUUGAACUUUUACCAAUCUGUUUUGAAGCAGCACAGCCUACUGGCUGAGAGUGCCAAUCCUGAGCUACCAGGCAGGGCUGAGUUCUGACUCUAUCAUUUCUUUAUUUUUUUGUUACCUUAGGGAAGAUACUUCUGUGCCUCAGUUUCCUCAUUUGUAAAGUGAGGGUAAUGUCUUUCUCACUGAGUUAUUAGGAUUAAACAUUUUGCACAUUUAUGUAGUCAUACAUAUUAGUAGCAUUAUUACUAUUAUUUCUCUGCUAAUGAGAUCUCAUUUCUGGUCUGCCCUCUUUCACGUCAGUGCCUGCCUUCUUGCUUCCUCUGCUUUGAGUCUCCUAGCAGGCUUGUGGGAUUGUCUCCAUUUUACAGGUAAGAAAGCAAAAGAUGGUGGACACCGCGUAAAAGGGAGCAGAAACAAUUGGCUCACAGGCCCUGCAGGUGCUCUAUGGAGGGAUUCAGUGGAAAAAAAUGUUUGGUAUUUGCCAUUUAUUUAUUAGUCAUUUUCAUAACACAUGCUAAAAAACCCAAACUGAACAAAAAUAUGUAACUAAAACAUUUUCUUCUUUGCUACCCAUGCUCAUUCUCAUCUCCCAGAAGGUUAAUUUUUAUAAUUUGUUUGUACACAAUAUAUGUAUAUUAACCCUUCAAAUAAAAAUGAAUGUUAAAAUAAGAA